AUGAGCAAGAUGGCAGACAACCUCAAUUCCAACGAUCUCUCCUCCCUCCUCGCCGACCUGGCGCUUCAGGACAGCCCGAAGCCCAGAAACCACGAGAAGCGGAGGGGCGUCCACACCCCGAACAAAGUCACCAAGAGGCGAAGUGCCGGGACCUACCUCCCCGCCGACAACACCAUCGCCAAGCACAUAACAAAGUACCUGAAAAUCGGCACCAGGGUCCACCCGGGAGACCCCAUGGACCUCGACGUCCCCGAGACCCGGUACGACUGCGUCCCCAUGGACAUCGACGAGCCGGAGCCCCGGGAGAUGAAUCUCGAGCGCGGGUCGUCGACCAUGUCGGAGACGAGAUCCGUCGAGGUCGAGAUGACGAACGGGGAGUCCACGGCGGGCGUCGUCGUCGUCCCCCCGGUCGGACCCCGUUCCGGUGCGAGAGAGGACGUCGUGGGGACCAUGUACGCGCGGUGGAAGGCGGACCCGCGGGUUAGACUGCAUCUGAUCCCGGGCGUGCAUCGCCAGUUGGAGAUGAGGAUGCGGCAGAUGGCGCGGUUUGAGCAGGCGUGUUUGGUUCGGGUUAAUUGA